GGCUUGGGUGCUCAACUCUCCUCCUCCCCGGUGAGGAUCCGCCCCAGGGCAAGCACAGCCAUCACAGGCCCCAAGGGAGACAAGGCAGCUUGACAGACUGCAUCUCCCUCUGCCACGGGCCCCAGGGCGCUGCGAUUUCACACUCGGGCGGCCCCUGCGCCGCCACCGCCAUGCGGGAGCCGGAGUCCCGCUCCCGCUCCGCCAUGGCCUCGUCAGCGAAAGCUGCUGCUCCCUCCUCCUGCCUCUCCUCCCAGUGCUUCGACCUCCUGACAAAGUCCUGCGUGGAGUGCUCUGAAUUGUUCAAGGACAACACAACAGAGCCUACCCACACAGUGCCCACCUCUACUUCGGUGCCCACCCUCCCCUCGGUGGACGUGCCCAACACUGUCCUGGUCAUCGGGGUCCCAGUGACAGUGGUGAUCAUCCUGGCUCUGGCUGCUCUCUGGCUCUUCCUGGCCUGCAAGGUACAGAAGCGCAGGAGGAAGAGGAAGGCAAUGGACAAGGAGGCCAAAGGAAACACAGAUGCCACCAGCCCUCUGCCUGGUCCAAGCUACCAGGACCCUGACGUGGUGGAGGGAGAUACCACCCUGACCCCAGCUGCAUAUCCACAUCUCAAUGAAGGCCUGAAGAUGAUGGGGCCACCCAGAAAAGCCCCGGCAAAGCGGAGCCCAUGCUGCCAGGGCGAUGCCAACGGCGACGUCGUCCUGCUCUCCACUGUGUACCCCCGGCACGAGGAGUGCAGCCACAGCUUCCCACUGCCUGCCACUGAGCUCGGGGCCACAGUCCUGGUCACCACCAAAACCACCCAGAACUUUGCCUAA